UUGGAUGAUUGCUUAUCCAAAUUCAAAUGAGAGACCAGUUGGUUUCGUUCAAUUCAUUCAAAUUUCCCAUGGGAACAAGCAAAAAUUGCUCCAUGAGUGAGAGAACUUAAAAAGGUUCAGAGGAAAGUCUGAGAAUGGUUAACUAUAUCACCACUUCAAUUCCAUUCUGUUUGCAAGAUACUGUGGAUAAGAAAGCAAGACGCCCAUUUCAUUUUUGUCAUUGGGUUUAGGACCUUCCUUGAGACUUGCGUUCCCACCAUUCCAAGAACAUAACUUGGGCCGCCAUUGUGUCCAAAUUAUGGAGCUGCAGCGUGUGGUUUGCGACUUCUUGCCCAAACGUCCAACCAAAAACACCUCCUCCCAAGAAUGAGAACUGCAUCACCUUUUAAAACACUGUUUCAAGUUUUAUCAAGAAAAUGUCUUCUACUCCUGGAGUAUUUCCAGGCAAUAGCAGCAGUAGAUACAGCUCCAAGUACAGUUCCGGUGACAGCAAACAUCACAGCUUCCCUAGCCGUUUUCAGCUGGAGAAGGAUGUUCAACAAUGUUACCCAAACUGACCAAAAAAAUCCUCUAUAUCUUUAGUAAGAAUACCGGAUACACGUGUGUACCACCCACGGUCUGAAAGUAAGCAAGAAGUUAACCACGGAACUAAGGUUUAAUCGUAGAGGUUCCCACACUCUCCCAAUAUGCUUAUCACAUUCUGCUCUAUUCUACUUAAUUCACAGUGCCUCUUCUCCAUCCUACUCUUUCACCAGUUUCAUAUGAUACAAUCAAAUAUAUUUUACCUUUUUGAUCGGAAUAAUAAUUCAACUCGCAUUGAAAAUCUUUGUUAGGAUCAAUGCCAAACUCAAAUAAAUCAUACCCUUAUGCAUCGUUGAUUUACCAUAAACACGAACAUUAUUAUCUCACAAAACAAACAGACCCUCCACGCGAACGUUACGGGAGAAGCAAUCAUUACAAGGCACGAUGAGAAUUCCAAAGGUAAUCAAUGGAGAGAGAGAGAGAGAGAGAGAUAAAUACGGUGGGUCCAUGAACGGGAUCAGAGGCAAUGAAGUCGUCGACGUCGGAGGAAGACCAAGAAGGAAGAGGCGUGUCGCGUUUGGUGAACCUCGUGUAAUUUUCCAGGAACGAGAACCUAUCGCUCCAGAAACCCUUGAAUCCAUCCAGAUACGACCCCGAUACAGAGCUCGAAUCUCCCAUCUCUGACUCCUCCUUCCUUCUCAGAUCGAUAUCCCGGCGAGCUUUUCACUCCUCCACGGCGCUCAAAUCAUCGGUCCAGUAAUUAAUAAUACUUAUAUCGCCACGUCAUCAAAUGAAUUUAUUUUUUGUUAGUUGAAAAGUUAAAAUUUCAAUCUCUCAAAUUAAUUCGUCAACCUACUCUCCCUCUCGAGUCGCUAGCAGCAUCAAUUUCCCAACCAAUUUUCCCUUAUACAGAAAGAAGCUCGGAAGAAAAAGUUCUUCAAACGAAAAUGGCAACCACCGUCAUGAGCAAAGUCGCGAAGGUCUUCCUCGUCUUCGCGAUCUAUUGCGCUCUCGAUCCCUUCAAACACAGUUCCAUUUCCAAGUUCCCGGACUUUAAGACUUACAAGAUUGACAUGCCGCCGUUAUCGGCACUCCCCAAGGAGAGAGACCAUGAGAAUCUGCUGCAUAACUCGGAGAUCAGGUUCUUAAACGAGGUUCAGGGACCCGAGAGCGUUGCCUUCGACCCUCUUGGCCGCGGUCCGUACACCGGCGUCGCCGACGGUCGUAUUCUCUUCUGGGAUGGCACCCGCUGGACCGAUUUCGCUUACACUUCCAACAAUCGAUCAGAGCUUUGUGAUACAAGGCCGUCACUGUUGGAUUACUUGAAGACCGAACACAUCUGUGGCCGGCCUUUGGGUCUUCGGUUCGACAAGAAGACUGGGGAACUGUACAUUGCAGAUGCGUAUUUUGGGAUCAUGAAAGUCGGUCCUGAAGGAGGGUUGGCUACUUCUCUUACAACCGAGGCAGAUGGAGUGCCCUUGAGAUUUACCAAUGAUCUUGACGUAGAUGACCAAGGAAACGUUUACUUCACUGAUAGCAGCUCUGUUUUCCAACGCAGGAACUUCAUGCACUUGAUCGUCUCGGGGGAAGACACUGGGAGGGUGUUGAAAUACAAUCCAGAAACAAAGGAGACGACCACGCUCUUGAGAAAUCUCCAGUUCCCUAAUGGCUUAUCCCUUGGCAAAGACGGCUCCUUCUUCAUCUUUUGUGAAGGAUCAAUCGGAAGAUUACGGAAAUACUGGUUGAAAGGGGAAAAGGCCGGAACAUCGGAAGUGGUAGCGCUACUACAUGGAUUCCCAGACAAUAUCCGCACAAACAAAGACGGGGAUUUCUGGGUGGCGGUGCACUGCCACCGCAACAUAUUCACGCACGUGAUGGCGCAUCACCCGAGUGUGAGGAAGUUCUUUUUGAAGCUGCCGAUAACGGUCAAGUUCCAGUACUUGCUGCAGGUAGGAGGUUGGCCACAUGCUGUGGCUGUCAAGUACAGUGAAGAAGGGAAAGUGCUUAAAGUGUUGGAGGAUAAGCAAGGGAAAGUGGUGAAGGCAGUGAGUGAAGUGGAGGAGAAAGAUGGGAAGCUUUGGAUGGGCAGCGUAUUGAUGUCUUUCAUUGCAGUUUAUGACUUGUCUUAGUCAAAACUUGAUGGGUUUUUUUGUUUUUUCUGAUUUCUUGUUGGGCCACGGAAUUGCAAUCCAUGCUUCUCUUAAUCGAACUCUGUCUUUCCUGCAAAAAAUAAAAUAAUUAUAUAUAUUUACAUUUUACAUUAUGUCUUUAAUGUAAAAGUCAUGAUUCCUCUGGUUCAUAAUUUUUUUU